CCAUGGCAGGGGAGGGAACAGAGGCCAUGGAGGAAUGGCGGUGCGGGGCUCGGGGAGGCACGUGCAAGGAGACGCUGCGGGCCGAGAGCCCGAGCGUGGGGGCAGCCGUGCUGUGCGUGGCCCAGGCCCGAACCCUCGUGCAGGGCUGCGCGUGCAUCAGAGCAGCGCCCAGAGCCUCCGAGUGCCGGGACGCCGCGCUCCGCCUCUGACCACCGCGCUGAUCCGCGCCCCGCCUCGCGCUCUUCCCCGCCCCCUCCUCCGCCGAAGGGGCUGCGGUGCCACGGGGACGGGCCGGGUCGGGCGGAGCGGAGCGGAGCGGUGGGCGGUGCCCCGCCAGGACCCGAGGAGGGGCGUCCGGAGCGCGGCCCCGUUCUGCUCCUGUCCGCCUCCCGGGCAGACGGCAGCGGCGCGGCAGGGCAGGAUGGCGGGCGGGCUGGGGCCGUGGCUGCUGGCCUUGGCCUUGGGGCCGGCAGGAGUGUGUGCACAGUUGACACUGGAAGCGUCUGGCGGAGGUGUGCGAGCACCUGGGGAGGUGGUGCAGCUCUCCUGCCGGGGAUCUGGCUUCAACUUUGGAAAUUAUGUUGUGCUGUGGUACCGUCAGGCACUCAGUGGCCAUCUUGAAUGGCUUUCCUACAUCAGCUCCAGCUCAUACAGUAUUAGAUACAGCCCUGAGGUGCAGGGUCGAGCCACAGUUUCUCGAGACAAUUCCCAAGGUCUGUCUUUUCUGUCCCUGAAUGCCUUGCGCCCCCAGGACUCAGCGCACUACUUCUGUGCUCUUUGUCAGGAAUGGGGAGUUGGUGUGAGAACAGAUAAGCUCGUAUUUGGAAGUGGAACCACUCUCACAGUUGAACCAAGCAGUCAGAGAGAUUCUGUUCCAGAAGUCAUUGUGAUGAAAUCAAAGAAACUCAAAGAAGAUGGCGGCACUGCGAAAGCAGCUUGUUUGGCAAGGAAUUUUUAUGAAAAGAAAAUCAGUUUGGAGAUGUCCUCUAAUGAAGUUGUAUAUGAACCAAAAGCACCCAUUGUGACAUCAAAUGGGAUGUAUAAUACUAUUAAAGUGGUCAAUGUGACAAAAAAAACAGAGGUGACGUGCACGGCCAGGUUAAGCAAUGGCAAUUUUACAGCCAACUCAACAUCACCAGAAAUGAAAGCUGAAGAAAUAAAACCAGCAAAUAUUUGCAACACCACAGACACCUCUGCAGAAGGUAUCAAAAUGGAGAAAGUGAACAUGUUGUCCAUGGCUGUGCUGGGUUUGAGAGUACUGCUGGCAAAAAGUAUUGCCUUCAAUACAGUGAUGAGUAUCAAGUUGAUUCUUUUCUGAGGCAAUGGAGAAACAAGGCAGCAGAAAUGUGAAGAACAGUAGGACAGAGCAUUUACCAGCAGUAUGAAUUUCAGGGGUGGAAAACCUGCCUAGACAGUUAUGUAAUUGUUAGAGUUGUACCCAAUUUUGCUGUUUCUUGUUCUCUAUCAACUGAGGAGAGUAUAUUUUUCUUCAUUCCUUUGCUAAGUAGGAAUUGUUUUUCCCACUCCUUUAUCCUUUGCAUAGAAGCAUGCCACCAGCAUUGAUAGUUUUUAAAAUCAGAGACUCACCAUAGGUAUAUGACUAUUUAAAAACGUCUUUUACAGGAAUGUUGCAUUACUCCGUAGAACCAAGAUUUUACUGCUGAGACAAUUCAGGAAAGGCUACUAAUGGUCUUAUUGCUUUUUAGAUAGCUUCAAUAGCAACCUUUUUCUAGUAUAGAUGAGGAGAUCUGUGUUGGACCUGAAGUGAUUCACUGCAGCCAGAUAGUGUUCAACCAUAGUAACAGUUUUAUUUGCAUUUCUUUAUUUAACUUAUGUCACUUCUGCAGAGUGUACAACACCUCCGUUUUAAGUUACUGUAGUAAUUACCCAAAUAAAGUUUUAGUAUGCCAAAA